CUGGAAUGUUACUUAUGCUUAUUUCAAUACAGGCUGUUAUUGACAUCAUAUAGACUAUAAAGAUUUUAUGAACACAUCGACGUGGCAUGUAUACUGAGUAAGCUACAUUAGUUCAAAGGCAAACGAUUAAACAUCGUAUGUUUUAUCUGUGUAAUGUAUUUAUACAUGAGAACAAACACAAGUGUUGUUUUUAACGACGACUAAUAAAAAGAAUUCAGUUGAACAUUUGGACCUGUUAAAAUAAAUAAAUCACUCAAACUAAUCGAAUAGAGAUUCAGUAGAUUAUAAAAUGACCUUCAGUACUGUUAAUAAGCAUUCUCAAAUUCUCACCAUUAUUAAAUUAAUACAUACAGACUUACGUUUUUGAAGUUGUUGCCUUCAAAUUGAAUUUCAAUUUUAAAAAAUCUCUACAAUGAUUAUAAUGUCUAAGUUACUGAUAUUCACCACAUUCAUAAUAAUUUCUUCAGCCUUGAUACCACAAAUGAAAAUAAUUUCAUAUCGUAGAAAACUAUGCAAGGUGAAUGGACUGUUGAAUUUUGAAUAUGAUUACACCUCAUGUUAUAUACUGGAAGAAGCGAUAAAACGAUUUGUAUCAAGAUUAAAAACGGAACACGUGCCACCUGGUUACUUAUACUCAAAGAAUUGUUCACUGUCGUCGGUGAAAAUCGAGAUCACUGAAGGAUGUAGUGAAAAAGAGAGUAAUCUGUGGCCAUCAGAAUCGAUGAAAGAGUCAUAUUCAAUGCAAAUUAGAGAUGACACAAUCAAUAUUCGUUCAGAAGAAAUUUGGGGAACACUACAUGCUUUAGAAACUCUUUUCCAAUUGGUGCAGAAAGAUAUUUCUGGUCAUAAUGAGAUCUAUGAGUGUAACAUAGAUGAUUCACCACGAUUUUUCCACCGUGGAGUCAUGAUAGACACAGCCAGACAUUAUCUCAGCACUGAUACAAUAAGAAAUCUAAUUGAUGCAAUGUCAAUGGUCAAGAUGAAUGUAUUGCACUGGCACAUGACGGACGAUGAAUCCUUCCCAUAUGAUUCCUCCGUUUAUCCUGAAUUGUCUUCACAGGGAGCCUACCAUCCUCACGAAUAUGUAUAUGAAAGAGGUGAAAUUGACUCGUUGAUAGAAUUCGCUCGGUUACGUGGAAUCCGAGUUAUAGUUGAGUUUGACACGCCUGGUCACACUUCGUCAUGGGGGAGAAGUCAUCCGGAAAUACUCUCAGGUGAAUCACACGAAGGACCAAUCAAUCCAGCUAGUGAAGACACUCGUACAAUUCUGUCGAACUUGUUUCAAGAGGUUGUGAGUGUUUUCCCCGAUAAGUUCCUACAUUUGGGUGGCAGUGUGUAUGACAGGCAGUUGUGGCAAGAAGAUGCAGAGAUUCAAGAGUUUAUGAAGCAGAAUGGAUUUGACGAGGACUACAAUAAACUGGAGAACUACUAUUUUGAAAUGCUUGCAGGAAUCAUUGAAAAUAUUGGUGCCAGUGCACAGUCGACUAUCACACCGAUUGUGUGGCAGAGUGUAUUUGAAAAUGGUUAUCGCGGCAACACCAACACUGUCAUACACGUACAAAAUGAGUCCGAUUGGCAAAACCUUGUCAAAUCUAUCACAUCUUCUGGAUACAGAGUUAUCAAUUCAGCCUGUUGGUCGAAUUUGAAUGAAGCUGUUGUCACGGACACAAGGAAGUUUUACGAAUGUGACGUAUCACAAUUUGGAGGUACUGAUGAAGAAGUUGAAAUGGUGAUUGGAGGGGAAGUUAUCAUCUGGGGAACAUAUGUGGAUGAUGUCAAUCUCUUCGUAGAAUCCUGGCCAAUAAUAGCCGCAGCUGCUGAACGUCUCUGGUAUCAUUAUUCAGCGGACUUCACCUAUUUCUCAGACAGACUGAAAGAUUUACACUGUCGAAUGAGAACAUUCGACUGGAAUGUGCAGCCUUUCAAUGGACCAGGAUACUGUCCGCUAUAUUGGUUACCUCUGAGGGAGACAUCAAAUUUUCUGUAA